AUGGCCGCCACUGCUAUUGUGUUCCUGCUGCUGAUUUGCACCCAUCUGUUAUCGAGCGCCGAGCUCAACGCCGGUACCCAAGUCGAGAUCCAAGCAUUGAACGCCUUUAAACUGAGCCUACAUGACCCACUUGGCGCACUCUCCGGCUGGGAGCCCUCCACGCCGUCGGCUCCCUGCGACUGGCGUGGCGUCGCUUGCUACAACGGCCGGGUUAGUGAGCUCCGCCUCCCGCGACUCCACCUCAGCGGUGCACUCUCACCGCAGGUUGCUAACCUGCGAAUGCUGCGAAAGCUGAGCCUCCACUCCAACUCCUUAAACGGCACCAUUCCUUCAUCUCUCUCCAAAUGCACUCUUCUUAACUCAAUAUUCCUCCAGUACAAUUCAUUUUCCGGCGCCCUUCCGUCGGUAAUCUUGAACCUCACCAACCUCUUAGUCCUUAACGUUGCCGGAAACUACCUCUCCGGCGAAAUCCCCGGUGACCUCCCCAAGAAUCUCCGUUUCAUUGAUCUUUCUUCAAACGCAUUUUCCGGUGAUAUACCUAAUAAUAUUUCCUCUGGCUACCAGCUGCAGCUCAUCAAUUUGUCAUACAACCGGAUUUCCGGUGAGAUUCCAGCGAGUCUCGGGCAACUUCAGAAUCUACAGUACCUCUGGUUAGACUACAAUAAUCUGCAAGGCACAUUGCCUUCGGCACUUGCCAACUGUUCGUCGCUAGUGCAUCUAAGCGCCGAGGGUAAUGCAAUUGGCGGCGUUGUUCCGGCGGGGAUCGGCUCUCUAUCAAAUCUUCAGGUCGUUACCUUGUCGCGUAACAAUCUAUCUGGUUCGGUGCCUGGGUCUUUGUUCUGCAAUGUGUCAGAUUCUCCUCCGUCAAUUCGGAUUCUUCAGCUAGGGUUCAAUGUUUUUACGGACAUUGGCUCGCUAGAGUCCGAUGUGUGCUUCAGUGUUUUGCAGAUUUUGGAUCUUCAGCAGAAUCGAAUUGCUGGAAAAUUUCCGCCCUUCUUGACUAAUGUUUCUACAUUGACAAAGCUUGAUAUUUCAGGUAAUUUAUUUUCGGGUUCUAUUCCGAAUGAGAUUCAAAAUUUGUGGAGAUUGGAGGAGUUGAACAUGGCGAACAAUUCAUUCAGUGAUUUGGUUCCUGUUGAUAUAAAGAAAUGUAGUAAUUUACAAGUUCUUGAUCUUGAGGGUAAUUUAUUCACAGGGGAUUUUCCUGGGUUUUUUGGUGAGUUAAAAAGUUUGAAGUUUCUAUCCCUUGGUGGAAAUAACUUUUCAAGUUCUAUUCCUUUGAGUUUUGGUAAUUUGACAAUGCUCGAGAGUCUUAAUUUAGGAGGCAAUCACUUAAUUGGAGUGUUUCCUGAUGAACUGAUGCUUUUGAGAAACUUGAGUUCAUUGGAUCUUAGUGGAAACAAGUUUUCUGGGCCUAUUCCAGUGAGCAUUGGGAAUUUAAAGCAACUUGCAGUUUUGAAUCUGAGUAAUAAUGGUUUUUCGGGUACCAUUCCAGCAAGCUUUGGGGGUCUGUUUAAGUUGACGAUUCUUGAUUUGAGUAAACAGAAUCUAUCAGGAGAGUUGCCAUCCGAUCUUUUGGGUUUGCCUAAUCUGAAAGUGAUUGCAUUGCAGGAAAACAUGUUUUUGGGUGUAGUUCCUGAAGGUUUGAGUAGCUUGAUUGGGUUGGAGUAUUUGAAUCUCUCUUUCAAUUCGUUUUCUGGUCGUAUUCCUUCCACUUUUGGUGCCUUGAAGUCUUUAGUUGUUCUUUCAUUGUCAAACAAUCACAUUUCUGGCUCAGUUCCUCCAGAGUUGGGGAAUUGUUCAGCUCUAGAAGUUAUAGAUCUUCGCUCAAAUUCUUUGAGUGGGCAAGUUCCUGUUUCCCUCUCGUAUGUUUCACAUUUGAGUGUUCUUGAUUUGGGAUUGAACAAUUUGACUGGUCGAAUCCCCGAUGAACUAUCAAAUUGCUCGUCACUAAAUUCUCUUUUACUCGAUUCAAACAAUUUGACUGGACAGAUUCCAGCCAAUCUUACAUUAAUUUCCAGCUUGGUGAAUUUCAAUGUGUCAAACAAUAACUUGGAAGGUGAAAUUCCAGUAAUGCUAAGCUCUAGGUUUAACAAUCAAUCAUUAUUCUUGGGUAAUGAAGAACUGUGUGGGAAGCCAUUGGAUAGAAAAUGCGAGGAAGGUGGUAUGGGAAAUAAGAAAAACAAGCUGAUCCUCUUUAUUGCUGUGGCUGCUAGCGGAAUUCUCCUCAUGGUAUCAUGUUGCUGCUUUUACGUUUACAGUUUCUUGAGGUGGCGCGAGAAAGUAAAAAGUGGGGCUGCCGGGGAGAAAAAGCACAGCCCAGCUAGGGCUAGUUCAAAGAGCAGUGGAGGUCGUCGCAGUAGCGAAAAUGGAAUGAAGCUUAUUAUGUUCAAUGACAAAAUCACAUUAGCAGAAACAAUUGAAGCAACGAGGCAGUUUGAUGAGGAGAAUGUGCUGAGCAGAACCCGACAUGGAGUAGUCUUCAAAGCAUGUUACAAUGAUGGAACGGUGCUUGCAAUACGCAGACUUCCAAAUGGAUCACUUGCUGAGAACAUGUUCAGAAAAGAAGCAGAAUCACUAGGCAGAGUGAAGCAUCGAAAUUUAACAGUUCUUCGUGGAUACUAUACUGGUUCACCUGACGUCAGACUCCUUGUCUAUGAUUACAUGCCAAAUGGAAACCUCGCUACAUUACUCCAAGAAGCAUCCCACCAAGAUGGCCAUGUCCUCAAUUGGCCAAUGCGUCACCUCAUUGCACUUGGCAUUGCUCGUGGUUUGGCUUUUCUCCACGCAGCCUCAAUGGUACAUGGCGAUGUGAAGCCCCAAAAUGUGCUUUUCGAUGCAGAUUUUGAAGCACAUUUGUCAGAUUUUGGGCUCGAUAAGCUUACAGUGGCCACUGCAACUGAGCCCUCAACUUCAACAUCAGUUGGAACAUUAGGCUAUGUAUCACCAGAAUCAACUUUGACUGGUGAAGUCACGAAAGAAUCAGAUGUCUAUAGCUUUGGCAUUGUAUUGUUAGAACUUCUAACUGGAAAAAGGCCGGUGAUGUUCACACAAGACGAAGAUAUAGUGAAAUGGGUAAAGAGGCAAUUGCAAAGAGGUCAAAUUUCCGAGCUUUUAGAACCUGGGCUGCUUGAACUUGACCCCGAAUCAUCAGAAUGGGAAGAAUUCUUGCUUGGAAUAAAAGUUGGUUUGCUUUGCACAGCACCCGUCCCAUUGGACCGACCCACCAUGGCUGAUAUCGUGUUCAUGCUCGAAGGUUGUCGAGUUGGCCCCGAUAUUCCCUCAUCCGCAGAUCCCACCACCCAUCAUUCUCCAGCAUGA